AUGGUGUGUGAGGAGCUGAGGUGCCGGAGCUCGGCGACGAAAACAAACAAAUAACCGCCGCGGAGGGAGGAAAGGAAACGGACGGGAGGGGGUGGGGUUGUCGUCGGAGAGGAGGGCGGUCGUUUCCCAGCUCCAAACCCAUCGAGCGAAGGCCCCGGCGGCGGCCGCGUUGCGUGUGGCGGCGGCGGGGCCUAGCGGCCGGCGCUCGAUGCCUCGCCCCGGGUUAUGGGUGAAGAUGCGGAGCGAGGGGGAGUGAGCAGCGCCGGGGCGGCGGCCCGGAUCCCGAGGCCUGAGAGUAAUAAUGCCGGGGAAGCUGAAAGUCAGGAUUGUGGCUGGUCGUCACCUGCCAGUUAUGGACAGGGCCAGUGACCUCACAGAUGCAUUUGUAGAGGUAAAGUUUGGUAAUACAACAUUUAAGACUGAUGUGUACCACAAAUCGCUCAAUCCCCAAUGGAAUUCAGAAUGGUUUAAAUUUGAGGUUGAUGAUGAAGAUUUGCAAGAUGAACCACUACAGAUCACAGUCCUGGAUCAUGAUACCUACAGUGCUAAUGAUGCCAUUGGGAAAGUGUACAUUGAUAUCGAUCCUUUACUAUCCAAUGAAGCAGCAGCCAUUCUUUCUGGCUGGUUUCCGAUCUAUGACACUAUUCAUGGUAUCAGAGGAGAAAUUAAUGUCAUGGUGAAGGUAGAUCUCUUCAAUGAUUUGAACCGCUUCAGACAAUCAUCAUGUGGAGUCAAGUUUUUUUGUACUACAUCCAUUCCUAAGUGCUACAAAGCAGUAACGAUCCAUGGAUUUGUUGAAGAAUUGGUGGUAAACGAAGAUCCUGAGUACCAGUGGAUUGAUCGGAUACGUACACCCAGGGCAUCAAAUGAAGCUAGACAGAGGCUAAUCUCACUGAUGUCAGGUGAACUGCAAAGGAAAAUUGGCCUUAAAGUUCUUGAGAUGGGAGGCAAUGCUGUUGUGGGCUAUCUACAGUGUUUUGACUUGGAAGGAGAAUCGGGGCUAGUGGUACGUGCUAUUGGGACUGCAUGUACACUGGAUAAACUGAGUAAUGCAGCUACAUCAUUUCUACCUCCGUGUAGUUCUCCAUCCAAAGACCUGAAAGAGGUUCCCUUCAGUGAAGAUCCCAACCCUGUUACUCAUUCAUCUGGACCCUCCACCCCACUGAAAAAUCAAACCUAUUCCUUUUCACCUUCCAAGUCCUACAGUCGACAGUCCUCCUCUUCUGACACAGAUUUGAGUUUGACACCUAAAACUGGAAUGGGAAGUGGUAGUGGUGGAAAAGAUGGAGGUCCUUUGAAAGCACUCUAUAGACAACAGACCCAGUCAGCCUUCGAACACAGGGAAUUUCCCUUUUUCACUCUGACAACUUUCCCACCUGGGUUUCUUGUUCAUGUCGGUGGUGUAGUCAGCGCAAGAUCGGUGAAGCUACUGGACCGAAUCCACAACCCAGAUGAACCUGAAACUCGAGAUGCUUGGUGGGCAGAAAUCCGACAAGAAAUCAAGUCACAUGGCAAGGCUCUUGGAUGCCAUGCAGUUGUUGGAUACAGUGAAUCAACUAGCAUCUGUGAGGAAGUCUGUAUCUUGUCUGCUUCAGGCACUGCGGCUGUGCUGAAUCCAAAGAUGCUUCAAGACUGCAGCAUGGAAGGCUGUAGUGAACACAGGUUGUCAAGGCAGCCUAGCUUCUUUUCCACAGGGUCAGAGAAGGGAGAGUUUGAUUUUUUUCUUCAGUGCCAGGAUAGUGCUUCUCUAUUAGGAUUGGAUGAUGCAUCAUCUCUGGGCUGCAGUUUCUGUCAUAUACCUUAUGAUGAGUUAAAUAUGCCAUUCCCUGCACACCUCACAUAUUGUUAUGUUUGUCGGAAGCAGAAGGUUCCAGACGUUCUCUUCACAACAAUUGAACCUCCAUUGGAAGCGGCGAUAACUGGAAAAGGCUGCUUGAUCCAAGCUAGACUGUGUCGUCAAAAGAAGAAAACUCAGGGUGAGGCCAAUGCCACCGCCAUAAGCAAUCUCCUGCCAUUUAUGGAGUAUGAACUUCAUACCCAGCUGAUGAACAAACUUAAAUUAAGAGGAAUGAAUGCACUAUUUGGGCUAAGGAUUCAGAUUGCAGUUGGUGAAAACAUGUUGAUGGGCCUUGCUUCUGCAACCGGUUUAUAUGUGACGGCACUGCCCUCUCCAGGGGGUAUACAAGUUGCAGGGAAGACACCAAGUGAUUCUUAUGAUCAACAUAUAUCAAACAUACAGAAAAAGAUCAAUGAUAUGAUCAUAAAAAACAGAGAAAUCCAUGAGAUAAAUCCUCCUGAGAUGCUAGAGGAGUUGCUUGGAUCCCCGAUCCCAGAAACAAGGCAGCGUUCCAGGCUCUUCAGGUCCCAUUCAGAAAGUUCAGAUGAUGUUUCCGAACUGGAUCUUUCACAUGGGAAAAAGGAUGCCUUUGUGUUAGAGAUUGAUGAUGCUGAUGCUGUUGAAGAUAUUCAUUCAUUGUUGACCGAUGCUCCCACCCCAGCUGGUUUUUACAGUUGUAAUACAGAGGUUAUGCCAGGUAUCAACAAUUGGACAUCUGAUUUACAGAUGUUCACUUCUGUGCGAGUGUUCCGGCUGAACAAUGUUACCAGUCUCACAUCACAGGGACUUAAUAAAGCCUUUAGUGAUCUUUGUGAAAACCUACUGAAGACUCUGUAUUUUAAACUGCGGUCCAUGGUACCUUGCUGUCUAUGUCAUGUGAAUUUCAAUGUUGCAUUACCAGAGGAUGAAUUAAUCCAGGUUGCAGUUACAGCUGUUGCAAUAACAUAUGAUAAGGACCAAGCUCAAUAUGUCAAGGUUUGCACAGACAAGACUCUCCUAAGAGCUUCUGCUGAGAAUGAAGAACAACUCCAGUUUACUUUGGAACUCUGCAUGGAAUCACAGUCCACUCAAUCAGCUGUACUUUUCUCUCCCAGUAAGGCUGCAGGCAUUUCGGAAAGUGGCAAUUUGCAGGCAGUCUCUCCAGCAGUACAAAGGGCCACCUCAGUUGAUUACAGUUCCUUUGCAGACAGAUGCAGCAGCUGGAUAGAGUUCAUUAAGCAGAAAGCUCAGACCAUAAGGCGUGGAUCAAUUAAAACAAUUGCUUCACUUGACAAAGCGAGCCCACUGGCUGAAGCCCACACACGUCAUCGCUCCCCGAUAUCAUGCACAACCUCCACAGUCACUGUUGUGGAAAUGACCCCUCUCUCUUUCAUUCCUGGUGCAAAAAUAACCAAAUAUCUUGGAAUCAUCAACAUGUUCUUCAUUCGGGAAACCACAUCACUGCGUGAGGAAGGAGGAGUUAGUGGGUUCCUUCAUGCUUUUAUUGCGGAAGUGUUCGCUAUGGUGAGGGCCCAUGUUGCUGCUCUGGGUGGAAAUGCAGUCGUGUCUUACAUCAUGAAGCAGUGUGUGUUUAUGGAAAAUCCCAACAAAAAUCAGGCGCAGUGCCUUAUCAAUGUAAGUGGUGAUGCGGUGAACUUCGUCAAAGAUUCUGAUGUGGAAUAUGCAUCUUCUCAGGCACAAGGAAGUGGUUUACAGACAGGCAACGGUAGUGGAGAUGUUGUCACAUGAAACUGGUACAGACUAAUUACUGCUCUAGGUUCAUGCACUUCAGGGACUUAAAGACAAUUUAUCUGCAUUUCAAUCAGAUUGACCGUUAUCCUAAAUGAGGAUAUUUACAUAACCACCAAAUUACACAUUGCAUCUUCCAAAUGGCCUGUAUGAUUUUACAUCUGUAGUCUUGUGAUUAUAUAUUCACCUAGCCAGGGCUUUAAUUUUGCUUGUCCCUUUAUGAUCUGGAACUUUAAAUGAGGGGUUAACACUUUCUCUAAACGUAAAGCUUGGGAGACAUUCCAUAGGGACUGGCAUAAAUUUAAAGCAAUUUGUUUUUCUGUCAGGAACAUUUCUCCAUAAAUCUACGCUUUAAAUUCUGAGUGUCAAGACCAAACAGAAAAGUGCAUGAAAAAGAAAAUGGUACUGGAGUGUACUUUAAGCCAAUGUUCUACCUGUAAAACUGGAUGUUUAUUUACCAGGCCUGUUAUUUGUAGAUUAGAAGCCAGCUCUCAGUGGAAACUAGUGGGGAAAAAAAGUGCCACAAACAAAACGCUAAUAUCAACAUGAAGAGUUUUAUGGCUUUUAUUUGUGUUCUGUGUAAUAAGACACAAGGCAUGCAAGAUAUAUUUUCCUCUUUUAAAAAAAAUUUACAGGCUUCUCAUUUUGACAAAGAUUGUGUAAGUGAGAAAAUGUCAGGUUUAAGAAUACCUAAACACAUUUAUAAUUACAACAAAUGGGACUGUAUAAAUCUACAAUAGAAAAAAAUGUAUUUUUAUAAAUUCUCAAGUUAGAACUGCAAGAAAGUAAAAGUAUUUAAAAUAUUCCUAACUUGUAACCUGUAAAAUUGCAAAACCAGAGUACAUAGUGGGCAAUUGAUUUUUUUUUUAUUUCAAAUUUAGUCCAUAUUUGAAGACUUGAAUGUACAGAACUCUUCUGUUGUAUGGGUUUCGACAAUUCACUUGCUUUGCACACCUGAAAUGCAUGAAAAACAAAAUUUACUGUUUUAAAAACAUUUUGCAGGUUGUGAAAAACAAGGAAGAGCAUGUAAGAAAUAGUACUCUUAACCCCUCCUGAGAAAUAAAUGUUUCAUGAAUAUUUAUGAAGUUUUUCAAUUAGUGUUUGUGGCUAUAUGUUUUUAAGCCUAAUUUCAUUGGGUACAGUGCUGGUGGGUACAAUGUUUGCACUUUGUUAUAUAGAAGUGUAAGAUGUGUAGAACUUUUGCCCUACUGAAUUUGCUGGAUCUGAAUGGAGUCAUUUCCUACAUGUUGUUAAAUCAACGUCAUAUACCAAAACAUAUUUGGCAUGUGGAUAAUAAUGCAAGCCAGUAACUGUGGGAUUCAGCUUUUCAAAUAAAUUGCUGCAUCAUAA